UCGACACUCGACACUCGAUCGCAGGGACAGCCGAAAACACCACCACUCGACUCUGAAAUACAUCCUGGUUCAAAUCAUGGCUUCUCACCACAUCCCUCGGGCCUUCAACAAACUAACCCAACAAUCGACCUCUCUCAGUCGCCUCGCUUCUCAUCCUCGCCUCCAUCGAACCUCUCUCCUGCAACAAAAUGUCAGCGGAUCAUUGGCGUCGUCGGUGAGGUUCGGCUCGGGCGAACCUCAUUACAAUCAACCGUCGGGCUGGCUGUUCGGGGAAAAGCCAUUGAAACCGGGCCAGAAGAGAGUCCGAGAAGAUUGGGAGUUGAUUUGGUAUAUCGGCUUCUGGGGCACCACCUUCGUGGGGAUCAUCAUGCAAAUCUACAAGCCUGAUCGAUCGAUCACGACUUGGGCUCGACAUGAAGCUGAACAGAAGAUGGAAAAACCAACUUAUGAGAAAUCUUGAUUGUUUUUUUUUUCUUCUUCUUUCUCAUUGGCCGAAAAACAUAUUGUACUCUUCUUCACCUUGAAUUCAAAUCGCACUGGAGCUUCAGUGUAACGUUGACAGCUCGUUCCAGUUCCUCUCAAUUUCCACCAAUCAGUCUUAUAUAAGUCAACCAAAACCAUCUUGAUUGCCUCCGAGGUAACCGGCCUUCGCAUGGGCUCGAGCAGAUUGCCAUGAAAACUUUGGUUUCUCCGGUUUCCCAAGGCCGCCUGGCUUGGAACAGCUUGUUUGUGUGAUUGUUUUUUUUUUCUAAAUUUUCAGCUUGACCCUCUGCACUUAGGUCCUCGGUUUGGAGUGGAGGGAUGACCGGGUAUUCACCAUGAGUGCAAUGUAACCGAAGUUAUAUCAGAUACACAUCAAAAAUUGAAUCCUGCAUAGUCAAUCAUUGUUGGAAAUUGACCCGUG